AUGGUCGAUCAAACCGACCCCAAGUUCGACGUCCCGGAAGGCACCUCAACCGACACACCCAUUCGCAUCAAAGCCAUUUUUAUCCAUCCUGUCAAGUCUUGUGGACCGAUCGAGUUGGAUAGAGCCAUCUUGACCAAAACUGGAUUCAUGUACGACAGAUGUUUCGCGAUUGCGACAGAAGUGGCUAGGGCAGACGCAGAAGGGGGUUCUGUUUGGCGGUUCAUCAGUCAGCGAACCAAACCCCUCAUGUCCCAGAUUAAGCCAGAGCUGUGGGUUCCUCACGAAAAGAGCGACCCCCAAGAUGCCCUGGUUCGCGCAGGAGGAUGCUUAGUUUUACGGUUCCAAGACCCAGACCCCCCAAGUUGGAUCAAUCGGCUCGAAGGCUGGGUUGACUCAGGUCAAACCGCUCAACGAGAGGUGUCCUUCAUUGUGCCACUCCAACCGACAUCCGAAUUGGUAGAUGAGUACAAGAUCAGAAUGAAGCCCUUUACUAUCCACGCACGCGAUGCAAACGGCUUGGACAUGGGCAGGAUUCCGUCGGUGGCAGCAACACUUCCCAAGCUGAAGAGGUUCCUUAAAGUCUCGGAUCAAAACCUCACCAUCCUAAGGUGCACCCCGGAUACACUUGUGCGCACCGACAAGAAUCUCGCUCCGUUGGAUUACAUCGGAACACCGGCUGUCCAUGGGUACACGGAUCAACAACCCAUCAACAUCAACAGCUUGUCCUCGGUUCACGCCGUCUCGUCACUAUUGCCAAUAGAGAACCAACCUCUAAAUGCCCUUCGAUUCCGGGCCAACAUUUGGAUCACGGGAGCUCCAGCCUUUGAGGAAGAGAACUGGAAGCGUUACCGCAUUCUCCCCAAAAGUGCUGGUUCUGAUACACGAGCCAAGGUUGCACCGGCGCUGUCUGUUGUCUGUCGAACAUCUCGCUGCACCAUGCCAAACGUGGAUCCUAAUACGGGCAAAUUCGACACCGAUAAGCCUUCUCCGGAUAGGGCCAGGGGUAGAGCGCAGCCGAGUACAACCUUGGUGAAGUACAGGACGGUCGAGGAUGGGAAUCCUAGGGCACUUGGUUACUUGGGCAUGCAUUGCGUACCAGAAGAUCACAGCCUAAAAGAGGCACAAUGUCAAGGUGCUGGAUUGUACGUUCAGGUUGGCGAUGAGAUCGAAGUGCUGGAGAGAGGGACACAUCUUUAUGGGUCCACGGGCAAUGAUUACUAG